GACAGUAGUUACUAGCGCUGUUUGUGCCUCUACUUAGUCUUACGGAGAGUUGAGGAAGCCAUUACCAGCAGCGCGUGGUACUUCUCACGUUCAUUUACGACGCUGAAGUUGCUGCUUACCUGAUCGCGCGUUAGCUAGUUGUUACAAGUCGAAAAGAAGCCGUGCUAGUCUGGGGAACAUUUGGCCGGCUAUACUGACGGCUUGCAGCUAGACGAACGGCCUAAUGCCAUCGUGGUAAAGGCAUGCGACCGUCAAUCUCUUCAUCUGCAAGUCGCUUGCACAUCCUUCGACCCGGCGACGCACACUCAUAAUUGAUUGCGAUCUACAAGGAAAAGGAUUGAGUUCGGUCUUCAGGUUUUCCGUUUCAUUGACUUCGGUGCUUGCAGUUUUUUUUUAAUUCUCGGAAACCAACUGACAAGGUUAUGGAUUAGGGUCGAUCUCACUGAAUUGAAUGGCAGCCGUUUCCGUGACUUCUUCGUGUGCCACUAGCAGUGGGUCAACCGUCAGUAGGCGGCCGCUCAGUGGUUCGCUAAAAGCACGUCCGAUUAAAGCAAACCCGUUUUCGAUCCCGUCAUCCAGUUUCUCGUUAGCAUCAAGUCGUGCUAUAAUAUUCGCGGGAACGGAAACCGAUAUACGAUACAGUUCAGGUGGAAUACGACUCACAAGAAAAUCUCGAAAAUCCGAAUCGGGACGGGGAUCAAGAAUUUUGGUAAUAUCGCCAGAUCGGGUAACGUGUAACGCCUCGCCGUUCUUCGUGUCGUUACCUCCACAUCGUGUGGUACGACGAACAGUGUCUGCUCGAACCGGGGUUUUCGAGGGAAUCGGAUCGCGAUGGACGCUUAUUGGCGGGAAUCCGACGCGGCGAAGGGACACGCGGCGGCAGCUGGAGACGCGGCGGCGCGGGUGGGCGCGCGAGGGGGAAAGCGAGGGCGGGGGUGUGACUGCAGCGAGGGACGGCCGGUACAAGUUCAACCUGGACGAGUACAUGGUGACAAUAGAGAAGCCGCUUGGGAUGUGGUUCGCCAUGACGGAUAGCGGAGCAGUCUAUGUCGAAGCACUGCAGGAAAAGGGGAAUGCGGAGCGCGGGCAGAUGGUGAUGGUGGGGGACGUGGUGCGGCAGGUGUCGGCGGAUAAAGGCACGCCGCUGUCACGAGUCAUCGACCUCCAAUCCCUCAUAAGUGCAAUAGAAGACGGAAAGGGCCCCUGCACGUUCGUCUUCGAGCGAGCCCUGCACGCCCCCACCACCCAGCGCAUCAUCCUGUCCCACCCCCUCCGCUCCGACAACCCCGGCCGCUCAGCAGCCGCCACGUGGCACCACCCAUCCAGCUGGCCGCGGUACAGCGCCAGCAGCGCCAUGUCAGCACGGACACUGUUCAUGAGGGGGGGAGCGGGGCGGGUGGGGCUCGUGUCGUUUUCUGAGCUUAGACCACAUGGGGAGAGGAGGAAAGAGAGGAGAGAGUGGGGUGCGGGGAAGGGAGGGGGGGAGGGGAGGGCGGAGGAAGGGGGAGAGGGGCGGGUGGAGAAGGAAGACGAGGGGAGGGCGGAGGAGGGGUUGGGGGAGGGGAGUGAGGGGAAAGGGGGAGAAGGUGGGUUGGGGGCAAGUCAGGAGCAAGGGAGCGAUAUUUACGGUGGCAGCAGUGGCAGUGGCGGUAGUGGCGAAAGCAAGGGGAGUGGUGAGAUGGGAGAGGCGUUGGAAGCAAAAGGAGAGUCACAAGGGGAAGACGAGGAGCAGGGGGAUAGAACAGAUGUGAACGAGUCUAUCGUGAUUGAGCAGCCAAGAGGAGCAGAUGGGUCUGAUAACGAGUCCGUUGAUAAUAAAGGGGAUGACAGACAGGAAGGAGUGGGGGGAGUGGGAGAAGCAGGAGAGGUGGAUGCAGGGGGAGAAAGGGAGGGCUGUGGUGGGGAGGAGAGGAAGGUGGAGGAAGGGGUGGGUCAUGAGAAGGACGAGACGAAGAAGAAGAAGAAGCUGGAUGGGGGGACUGGAGGAGAAGAUGAGGUGAAGGGAGGAGGGACACAGAAGCAGGGAGGAAGGGGCGUGCGGGCGAUAGGGGGCACGUUGUGGGGAAAGAAGAAGGCAGGGAGGAGGCAAGACGAGCGAGGGGAAGGGGUGGGAAUGGAGCGGGCGCGGAGGGAAGGAGAGUGGGUGAUCUUUCCGUUCUUUGAGACGAAAGCCGCAUCUGGCUCGGAGUCAGGCCCGGAUUCCGAAGCAGAGGGGAGGUCUGAUGACCAGGACGCUACUGGGCCACCUCAAGGCUUGGAAACCCAUGUGGCUUCUGAUUCCCAAGCCUCUGAAACUGGAGGCUCGGCUCAAGCUGGAAAUGUGGUUGGUAGGGAAGCAAGCUUGAAGGAUGGGGCUGCGGCCAGUGGUGUGGUUUUAACCGAGGAGGAUGAGCCACAAGAAGCUCGUCCAGAGAGGAUUGGGGUGGAAGACAAGGGCCUAGAGAGGAAGGGGGGGGAGGAUGAGGAGAGGAAGGGAGAAGAGGAGGAUGGGAGGAGGGGAGAAGAGGAGGAAGAGAGGAGGGGAGAGGGGGAGGAUGGGGCGGAGUGGGAGCAGGCAGCAGAGGCAGCAGCGGCCUUUGCGGCUGCCAUGGGAGGCGGGUGGGAGGACGAGGGAAGGGCAAGUGAGGGAGAGGGGGAUGAAAGGGGAAAGGGUGAGGCAGAGAAGCAGAAAGAAGGCAAGCCGGGGGAGGGGGCGCAACAGAGUGGGGAGGAGGCGGCAGAGUGGCGCUGGCCUGAGCGUGGCUUCCGGGAUGCUUCCUCGGGAGGUGCGGGGGAGGGGGACGGCAGGUGGUGGGGCCUUGGGGUGGGGCGAGUUGACGAGUUCGUUCAGGCGUAUACCAGGGGCGUGGGGGACUCGAGAUUCGAGCCCCUGCACUCACCCACCCACACACAGGUAUCGGAGCAUCUGGCGUUUGGCGCGGCUCUCCUUUGCCCGGAAGACCUCACGUCCGCUCACCAGAGACUGGGCACCACAGCAGUGCUGGACCUGCAGCGCGCCACGGAGAAGCUCAACUGGGCCGUGGACGUGGAUGGCAUGAAUCGGGCGGCAAGGGAUGCAGGGGUCAUGGUGGUGCACCACCCCAUCAGGCACCACGACGGCCAUGAUCUGCGGCGCAAGCUGCCAGUGGCGGUGGGCAUUCUGCACCGCCUGCUGCGGCGGGGGCUGCAUGUGCUAGUGACAGACACAGACGGCGUGGACAGGGCGCCUGCUGUGGUGUGCGCAUACCUGCACUGGGUGCUCGCUAUCCCUCUGACACAGUCUGUGAAAUUCGUCUGCGACGUGCGCCCCUGCCAGCCCAAUAGGGCGGCACUGGCGGCAGCAACAUGGGAUCUGGUGGCCAUGCUGCGGCAUGGGGUGCGGCACACGGGACCUGCCACGCACUUCGUGCAGAUCGCAUGGAACCAUGGGGGGCGAGAGGUGCUGCUGGUGGGGGAGCUAUCUGGCGGGUGGAAGAACCCAGUGGCAGCCACAGCAGUGGGGGGCUCCAAGUUCGUCCUCGACCUCAGGCUGCCGCUCGGAUCGUACCGCUACAAGUUCAUAGUGGACGGCAACUGGCGGCAUGCAGCGGAUCUGCCCACUGAGGUGGACGAGUGGGGCAACACCAAUAACGUGCUGCACGUGGGGUCCAUGGCACGGCACAACCAUGAGGCGGUGCGGGAGAGGGUCAUCGAGCGCCCACUGACCGACCUCGAGAGGCGCAUGCUCACCUUUGCCUCGCAGCGAGUUGCAUUCUCCGUUUCACCCAUCACCUUUACGCCUAAGCUGAGACCCGCUCGCUCAUGAGGCAUGAGGCAUGAGGCAUACAGCUUCCAGGUACCUGGCUUCACGGGUUACUAGAGGGCCCUCGAGGACCUCCUUCGUUUUACCCAUUACCUCCACACCACACCCAAGCUACGACCUGCUCGAUCAUGACGCAUGAGACGUGUUUUUAUUUGCUCAAGAACCUUUUCUUUUUUGCCCAUCACCUUCAGACCCAAGCUCAGGCCCACACACUCAUGAGGCAUGAGGCUACAGCUUCUUGGACUAGGGCUUCAGGAAUAGAGCUUUAGCCCCCUCGGAAAAUUCUCCGUUUCUCCCAUUGCCUUCAUGCCCAAGCUCUGACCUGCACGUUGAUAAGGAGUGGCUGUGGGAAAUGAGAGCUGGUGCUUGAGUUCUGUAUGUACAUGCUAUAAAUACCCAAGAUAUUACCCUGUAUUCCUUGUGAAACAAGCUGUGAAACAUGGAGUCACGGUUUCAGCUAUAGUGCUCGUCUGGACGAUGAUGUCAGCAAAGCCGUUUCAGUCACGUAGACAGUCGCGCGCGAGGGUUCUUUUCGCA